AAGUUAGUAAAAUCGUAUCUUAUCCAUGUUAAUAAGUUCAUCCUCCUCCUAUCCCACAAUGCUAUGUCCCCCCAACUUCCGCCACCACUGAUCACUGCAAGUUUAGAAACAGCAUGUUACAUAUAGUAUUUAAUAUAUGAAGUUAUACAUAUUAUUGUCAUAUUUUUACAGAAGGCCUCCGGACCCGAUAUGGUGCCGAAGGAAAAGCGAAACUAUUCUACUCUUCGUGCAACAAUAACCCACUUCUCAAGCCGAUCAUGGAUACGUUGAUGUCCAAAGCGAAGAGUAAUUCUUAUAGUGCAUCCACUCGCCUAGGGUCUGAAUCACUACACAGAAUUCGCAACAUCAAGACUUGGGGUUGGAUGUUCAAGGAUUUACUUGAACCUCAAUUCCCAUUUUUUGAUGAUGACGCCAGAAAACUUACAUUCUUGGUUGGACCAGAACGAUCCUACCCCCAAGCGUGCACCAGUUUUACUCGUGAACUCUUUCCCGAAAUUCUUGCCAAGCUUUUUAUCCUACACCAUUACGAUAUAGAUCAAGGUGAAAGUGUGACAGAUUUGACGAGCAAAAUCUGGAAGACGUUUAAAUCAAAGAUGGUUGACUCGACAGAUUGGAUUGACGGUGUCAAUUCCAAGUUGAAUAUUAGCUCAAGUAUCGGCAAUUUGAGUACGAUCGUUGGACUCCUUGGUCACAUUAUGAACGAAACUGCGAUGGAUGCCAGAUAUGAGAAUGUAUCAAUAUAUGGAUACCAUUCAUCCUUUUUGAACAACUUGAAGCAGCUUCUGCGUAUGAGAACUGAGGCGGAGCUGGACAUUGAAUUAGAACGAAAAUUUGACGAGUCUACAUCCCGAGCUAAUGCAUUUUACAAUAGUCUUUUGAACAACAUCUUUAUUCCGGCGGGGAUCAUCCGAGCGCCAAUAUUUGAUCAUGAGUUUCCGGAUUUAUUAAAAUUCUCAAAGUUGGGGAGCACAUAUGGCCACGAAUUGGCACAUUCUUUAGAUCCAUACAUUAACGGAAUAGGACUGAAAGGCUAUUUUUUGAGCCAGAAUUAUUCUUCAGGAAUUUUUGCCAAUUUGUGAAAUCUUAAUUUAAUUUGCAGAUGAGUCAGGAGUGUUUAUUGAAUUUCUAAAAUCUGUCGUAAACCAACGUACCAGAGACAACUUUGCAGAAAAAUGUGCAUGCGUUGAAGCGCAGUAUAAUGUAUUUCACGUCCCCCUUCCUCCAGGCUAUGAGAACACCACACUCGUCGUAAACGGGACACUCACUUUGAAAGAAAACGUCGCGGACAUUAUUGGUAUGCAGGUUGUAUUUGACUCUUUCGUAGAAAAUAUGGGGUCGUCCGUACCAUAAAUACCGCCCGGACUGGAAAAGUUUACUUGGCAGCAAAUAUUCUUCAUAGCAAGUGCUCAAGAGAAAUGUCACUCUUAUGUAAACGAUGAGAUGGAGAUGCUUCUUUUGAAGGAACAGGUAGAAAAAGACCCCCACAGUCCUAGCUCAAUCCGGGUCCUUGGUACUUUCAGCAACAAUGACGAGUUUGCAAAAGCGUUUAACUGUCCGGUAGGAUCACGAUAUAAUCCAGAAAAGAAGUGCAGAUUCUUUGUGCCCACUGCGUUUUAAUGCGGAUUGGUAAAACGAAAAAUUUUCAGAUACUGCUCGCCACCACUGCAGAUAUUUAAUUGAUUAAUAAGUUGUUUUCGAAAUUUGUCAAUUUCAAUUAGCCAAAUUUUGCUUACGUUGAAAUGUAAUAUAUGUAACGCGUGGUUUAUGUUUUGUACAUAAUUUUUUGCCUUUUAUAUUCAGAAGACCUUUGUUUGGAAUAGUUUGGA